AAUUCACCAUUGCCAUGCCGUCAUUGCAUAGGUUGUCGUCUCGCUGAAUGAGAAUUCGAACCAGUCAACGAACAAUUCAGGUUCAACUCGUUGGUAUGAACUAAAAAAAAAGUUACAACUUCAAGCUGAGAAGACUGCCACAGCAUCAUCUACUGAGGUAGCAAGAUCCAGAUUAUUCACAGGCAAUGGCCGAGAGAUUGAGCUUGGAAGCAGUGAACCAGCAGGGAUACGAGGAAUUCAUUCAGAAUUUCACGAACAUUGUUGAGCAUGGGAUGUUAAUAGCCGGAGCAGUGUGGUCAUAUCGACCCUUUCGCAACCUGGACCAUCUUCACCAGUGCUUCUGUGAUUUCAUGGAUUCAUUGCCAGCGGCUGGUAAGCAGUCAAUAUUACGAUGUCAUCCUAACCUUGCUGGAAAGCUUGCACGACGAGGCCAACUUACAUCAGAAUCUGAGCAAGAACAAGCUAGUGCAGGUCUAUCAUCAUUAACUGAAGAACAAUUCAGCCAGAUCAAUAAGAACAAUGCCACAUACCGUGAGAAGUUCUCUUUCCCGUUUGUGAUAUGCGCGAGGGAGAAUAAGGUUGCUUCUAUUCUACAAGGAUUAGAGACUCGUAUUCAAAACUCAGAGGAACUUGAGCUUCAGACAGGAGUUGAAGAAGUCAAAAAGAUUGUCUAUUACAGACUCCUUGAUAAGAUUCAGGAUGCUUCAUCAACAAAUCACCCUAAGUUAUGAGGCUUUCAAGACCAGCACAAUUAGUUUCAUUAUUCAGUGAUGUAAAAGAAAUGGCAUAUUGUCAUCAUGAAUGGGUCCUGUAACAUAAUGCUUGGUAAUUGAUCAGAGCUGAUGCCUACGAUUGAUUCUGUUGAUUAUUGUGUAUGAUCAAUCGAAAAAAAAAUAAUCCCCACAAUCAUUCACUAAGUUUAAUGCUGCUGGCACAGGUUGAGGAGUUAAGAAGAAAAGGUUGUCAUCUCCCUCAUUGCAAAAUUUAUGUUUUGUGAUAAGAAAUAUAAAUUCUCUUUAAAUAAGAAGACUUUGCAGUCACAGACAAUCUAUUUGAAGUAAUCGCCUGCAAUAAUUUUGGAUUUUUUUGUGCAUGUGAGUGUACUGAAGUGGUGGGGGGGGGGGAUGGUGGGGUUCACUAGACGAAACUUAAAGACGCUGUCGGUAUGGUGUAAAUGUAUGUCAGCAGGUCUAGGCUACUGCUGAAAUUUUCUAUAUUUAGUGAUGGCGGCAUAUCACAGGAGUGCUCACUCAUAGAUUCAGAUGCUGGAUAGUUGAAGCAGAUUGACUAUUUCAUUGCAGAUCAGGAUAAACCACUUGUGAUCUGUUCACAUACUGAUGUAUUAUUAAUAGUAUGCAAUCUAUCCAUGAUGAUAUGGAAAUUCCAAAGGUAUCUGUAUUUCAGGGAUGCUUAAUGUAUUUUCAUUUUAAGCUUAUGAUUUUUCUCGAUGUAAAUUGACAGUAUUACUCAUUUGGAUCAUAGAAGACUUGCCUACUUAUAAUCAUUGUGCUGCUUUUAAAUUAUAGUCCACACUUGAUGGCAAUUGUAUGUGCUGAUUAUCAGUCCUGUAAUGUAUCUGUCAUGCUAUUCAUUUUGUUUUGAUUCUUUUAGAUUUUAUUUUCAUUGUUGACUAUUAAUUUGGUCACCAUUUUGAUAUUCUCUCAAUUAGCAUGAACUAUGGAAAGCCAUCAAUGUAAUCAUUCUUUAUCUUUUUAUAUAAUAUACUACUAUUUAUAAUAGUAGUAAUUCUGCUAUUGUAAAUCCUGUAGGAACUUAGCAGGACAGUUUUUUUUUGUUGGCAAAAUGCCAAGCUGGUAUAUAACCAAUUACAUGGGAGACAUUUUGUCUAGGUUUACCACCUUGGCAUUUUGCCAGCAAAAAAGAGCUGUCCUGUAAUCACUAAAUAAUAAUUUAGUAAAUAUAUAUUUUUUUCUCAACUCACAUGGGCCUGUAUUCUGAACUUGGGUGUAAUUCAAACUCUGGUAUAAAGUUUUGGUUUAGCUGUGAUUAUGGAUAGCCAGAUAUGACACAACGCUCUAAGAGAAAUAGUUGAAUUUAUCAGCUUAUUUCACAUUCCAAUCAUUCACAACUGAAAAUUAAUAAUAAUAGUUUUCAAAAAUAUUCAAGCUUGGGGAAUGAAUGUUAUUAACAUAAAAAGGAUGCAAUGUAAAUAAAAUCUUAACAUUUUGGCUUCUCAUAAUUUUAGCAUGGAGUUAACCAUGUCACCAUGGUCUAAGUUAAACCUGAGUUCAGAAUAUGGGUCAUUAAAUUUCAGGUGUGUCCUAUUAUUUCUUUUCAAAUUAAUAUUACACCAAACUGGCAGGUAAUAUAUAUCUCUGUGUGUGAUUGUAAAAAAAAUUACAGUAUUGAAAUUAAAUGCAAGUAUUGAAGAUUAUCACUGGUUGUUCAAAACUACAUCAUGUGACAUGGUGUUAUUCUGUCUAUUAUUGCAGGGAUGGAUCCAGGAUUUUUUUUGACGGGGGCAGGGCACAUUUUCCUGAUUAAAAAUAUGACAGCCCCCCCCCAAAAAAAAAAAAAUAAGGAUCCCCACUUUCAAAAAGGGGAGGGGGCACACCUAUGUUCUAAUUCUAAGUUUCUAACUGCAUUUUUACAUUACAAAUUUUAAUUGUGCCUCUCAAAGGGGGAGGGGGGAUGAGCCAGCUGUGCCCCCCUCCCUGCGUGGAUCUGCCAGUGACUAUUGUCUCAGGAGUCUCAAGGGUUCAUUGUAUGUUGCCUGACAUCUAUUAAACCUUCUUAAUUAAAUCCAUCCACCCUCCACUGUUUAGCUCAAGAAUUAUCCUUAAAUUAUGAUUAAAUAUUGUACCUUAAAAAAUACCUCAAAGAAAUAUAUAUCGGUACAUAUAUUGGUAGUUGAAUUAGGUAUGAUUUCUAAAAUAGCAGCAGGACUGUUAACGAUCUGAAAAAUCAACAUAUUCUGUUUAUGUUAAAUGAUAUCAGUAUUAAAGGAGUACAUGUACGUGUAAUUCUCAAGUGUUAUUGUAGUUUCAAAUCUCACUUGGAGAUAAAUUUUUUUAACCAGAAUAUCUCAAGCAAUUGUUAUUUGGAAUAGACUAUAAAUUGAAAGUAAUUCUCCCAUUGUAUAUACAUGUACAGUCAAAUCUAUUGGUAUAGAUUUACCAAAAUCUGUUGACUUUAAAGAGGAAUUUGACAUUGAAGGGGUAUAUAACACAUGUUUGGCAUAAUAUUAGAAUACUGCAAGUUUACAUUCACAAAUGCCACUCUAACAUUUCAUGGUUUCAUCUCAUUUGUCAUAUUGUAUGAUUUGAUAUUUAGGGAUAUAAACUGAAGAGGUAAUAUAAUUGUUAUUUAGUAGAAGGGAGCUAUCAGGGUAAUUACACAAUCUCAGUAAAGGUAAUUUUGCCUUUUCAAAAUGUUUUGGCACCACAGAUAUAUGUUUGACUUGGAAGAGUUAUACGUUUUGCAUAAUCUCUCUAAAAAUUGCUAAAAUCAACCCAACUGGAAAAUUAAAAGAAAAAAGAAAAAUCAAAGACUACUCAAAUUCAUGAAACUUGUACAAAAAUUGGAAGAAAGUCAUUUUUUUGUUUAAUUUGCUCUUACUAUCACUAUGGGAUUUCCAAAUAGGCCAAAUAGAUAUCACUUCACAACUUCAAAACUUUUAACUCAUUAUUUAUGUAUUUUUCUUUCAUUGUAACAUACCAUGUGGUGCACAAAACUAAGUGAACCCCGCAAGAAAAUGGACACAUUCAAAGUGUUCAAAUUCUGUCAUGUUUAAAUAUUUAAUUUUGAAGUCAGAUGAUAAAAUAUAUUUAAUAAAGCUUGUUUCUUUGGGUUCCCGGACAUUGUAGUGUUGCUGUCUACAUUCAACACUCAGCAUAAAGGAGUGCAUUUUGUAGUGGGAUUCACUAACUUUAUAAUGAAGGAAGAUAAAUAUUUCUUCCUUCAUUGGGGUUAUCACCUACCAGUUUACUUCAUUAAAAAAAAUUGAAAGGGUAAUUUGUGAUAUUCUGAAUGCAGACCAUCGUGCUAACUAUUUGGAUGUUGGAAACGCUUAUCCUAACAUAUUUAUUACAGUUAUCCCUUAUCUCUAUGACUUUCUACUUUAAGGGGGAAGUCCACUUCCCAAAAAAAUUGAUUUGAAUAAAAUAACAUUAACAAUAAAAAAGCUCAACUGUGAAAAAAAAAAUCAAAAUUGGAUGUAACAUAAAACAGUUAUGACAGUGUAAGUUUCUCUUAAUUUCACCAAACAUUGAAAAACCUGAGCAGUACGUAAUUGAGAGAACCGAUGAUGUAAGCUAAUCACUAUGUCUCUUAUAUUUGAUUACAGGAAAUAAUGUAAUUUUCACCUCUUUAUGAAAUGUGAAACAAGGUUUGAUUCCUCGAUAUGUGGCACUGCCAUCAAACCUAUGACUUGAUGAAAGUCCCCUUAUAGUCCAAAUCUGCAAAAACUGAAAUACUGUGUAUUCAUUAAAAAAAAAAGUGAGUGGAUGAUAUCAUUGACUCUUAUUUGCAUGUAACUUGUGAAAAAUAAAUUUCAAAAAUUCCCUUUAAUAUAUUACAUCCAAUUUUGAUGAGAUUUUCAGCACUUUGCUUGUUCAAUUUUCUCUUUAUUCAAGUAAGUAAUUUGUUGUGGUCGACUUCCUAAUAGUUUAUAUAAAGCUCAUUCAAUGCGCAUGAGUAAGAAAUUAGAUAUAUUAAUGCAUAAUUCACAGUACAUCUAGGCUUUAUUUCAUUGUCAAUAUAUUAUUGCAUAUACUGUAUAUAUAUCUUAACAUAUAUUUUCAUAUUUUUACAAAAACAAAAUUGCUGGAAAGAUAGAGCUUAAACUUUUACAACAAUAUCAAAGUUUAGUACCAAUUCUACAAUAACAAUACAAGAAUUAAGAAGUUCAACAUUAACAUGACAUCUCAAACUUUCCAACAACUUAACACAGGAAACCAUUUUAUGGAGUGAAAUAUUACAAGUAUGAUACUAAUGGCCAUGAUUCUCAUUGUUUUAAUACAAGAUAUGCAGCACAAGAUAAUUUAAUCACCCCAAAAAUUCAUACCGAAACUUGUAAACUCUUUAUUUUACUCAGCGAUUUUACUGUGGAACAACUUGCCAUUUGAUUUUAUUCAGUCAAAAUCUUUAUCAAUCUUUAAACAGAAACUUAAAAUGCAUCUUUUUAACAUCUUUUUGAAUUCUAAGUUUUAUUAUUGCCUCUUAGACUUGAAAUCAACUUUUAUGUCUAUCUACUUUAGUUUAUUUAUAUGUACUGCUUUGUGUGUAAUUUUGUUAAUUAGUAUCAUGCCUUUAACGAUGCUGCAUGUUUGCUACUCUGUUUUCUGUUAUGAUUUGAGUUAAGUUAUUUAGAAUAUUUCUGUGUAUAUUUUACAUGUAUUUGAAUGUUUUUAUACUCGUUUUUAUCAUGUAUUCCAGGGCCCCAUGGGGGACCAGUUUAUUGCCAAGUUGGCUACCCUGGUUAAAUAUAUUGAAAUAAAUAAAUCAAUUAAAAAAUUGUGUAAUUGGAAAGAGUUGUAUCACUUUCGAUCUAUACAUUGGACACUAACAGUUUAUAUCCAGUGGCCAGUAAAGGCCUCAAUAUAAUUUCUCCUCAUUGAAAUGCCUGAAUCCUGUGCAAAAUCACACCACUCUUAUAAAAUAAAUCUAAAGAUUGCAUGGUGUUUUCCUUAGAAAUUCACAUUUAGCCCAAAUUUUGAGAGUUUUAGUAAACUUACUCUCAAUAAGGAACAGAAUGAACUUUUAAUAAUCAUUGCAAGCUUAAGAAAUGCAUGUUUAAACGUAAGUACAAUUGUACAAAUUAUGGUGUCCAAAAAUGUUGCCCCCUUCAUAUAAAUCAAAAACUUAAAAAGAUUAUUCUGAUAAACCACAGAGCAUUAUGUUGUAAGGAAGUGCUUUCAUUGCUUUAUACUCCAGUGCUCUCUUUUCCUAGCUAUAGUAUGAUCUAAAAAUAUGUUGUCUCACAAUAUCUUCCAUGAAAUGUGCAUAAUGCAAGUAAAAAAAACAAGCUAAUAGUAAUAAAUUGCAAACACCAAAGUAAUAACCUCAAGAUCAAAGAUUAAUUUAAAAAAAUAAACAUCCAUUGAUCAAGUGUAAAGACGGAUAAUAGCUGUUCCAUGUUUAAAAUUAAUACUUUCAUUGCUAUUUCUUUCAAGAUUGCAAAUUCAUAACUUAAUAGAAUAAAGAUAUUGCCUACCUAGAGGUUGAUUAUAACAUUUCCGAAAUAGAGUUGCCUUUUUCCCCAAGUGAUUAUGUAGCGAACAGCUCUGAGAGAAGAUAUGAUCGUGGGGGGAUAUAGCUUCGGAAGGAAGUUGGAUUGUUGAUUGUUUAGACAGACGAGGCAAUAUAUUUUAUAAUGUAGAUUCACCAUUAGAGUCUGAAUUGGCUUUAUGAUUAACUCACACUGCUUGCUGUAGCGAUCUUCCCUAGCACAUAUAUCAAGCAAACUACCUGGUGGGCGUUUCAUAAUGCUGUUUAUAAGAGCCACAUUAAGAAGGACUGAUGAUCCUUUCUUGUGGUAAAUGGUAUACUCCAAAAUGUCCAUUGGUGAUGGUUUAGCAUGUAGAAUGGGUCACCAGUCGCUCUUAACUUACGAACAGCUUUACGAAACACCCCCUUUCCUCGAUUGUGCAUCUUAUAAGCAGAGUGUGACGUCACCUCGGUAAACAUAACGCUGAGGUGACUUCAAACCUGGAAUACAUGUAUUACAAAUGUGAUCACUGCAGAUCUUGUUAUGUCAUGGUAUUUGAGCUUUCACUCGCUUUUAAGCACAACUGUAUAUUCACAUCAUGCGAGUGAAAUAAUUCUGAAUGUAUUGUAAUUAUACUUAAUGACAUACACCUAAUACCUGCAACUUUAUCUGUUGCAAUCACAAUCUGAAAAUUUGUGCAAUUGUUACAUAUGACAUACAUGUAUUGUAUAUUUUACAUUCUCAGUUUAGAAGCCUUCAUGACUUUGCUGCAAAAUCAAAAUAUAGCCAAAGUACACAUAUGAAUAUUCCCAAUAUACAGUAUUUACAUCAGAAUAAGAUGUAGUCAGAUAUUGUAUGACAAAUCUUCUCCUUUAAAUACAUGAUAUUUGUAUUACAUUAAUUAACCCAAAUAAAACUUACGUUCCACAAAAUAUAGACAGGCAAAACCAUUCAGCAAAUGGUGCAUUUUUUUUUAAUAGACGGGUGAAAUAUGUAGUUGACAGGGUGCCAAAGGAAUUCUUAGGCUUAUUCACACUACUCUAGCAAAUAAAAGGUCUAUCCGCAUUAGUGCCUGCAUAAUAUUUACAGCAAGGUCUUAUUUGAUACAGCUAACUUGU